AUGAAGCCCAAUCCGUUCGCUUCCAGUAAACAAUUCAACUCCAUCGCGACUCUUUCUCGCGAGCUACCAUUUUGGAAUGCCAAUGACCGGCCUGGUAUAUUGAGCGAUGCGGAUCCUGUGCGGAACGACUCUGGCCUCGUACCUGUACAGUGCCCUCUAAGAACAGAAGACCGACGCAACACCAUCGGUACCCCAGCGCAAGAGCCACGCAGAGGCAGUAAGGGUAACAGGCCGUUCUAUCUCCACAUGGUCGCCACCCACCUCAUCGUCUUCAACUCCUUCGGCCUCAUACAAUCCUCCGUCACCCUCUCCGCGCCUUACACCACUCACCUCCACAAACCCCCAUCUGCAAUAUCUUGGGUCGGAAGCACAUCUAUCUUCCUCACGUACACGCUUGCGCCUCUCUCCACUCACCUCCAGCGCUACACAUCACACGAGCACCUCUUGCUCUUCGGGGCCGCGUGUCAGACGACUGGUCUGGCAAUCGCAGGGUGGAGUCGCACGCCCAGCGUAACGCUGCUGUUUCAAGGCGUGCUGGUCGGCAUGGGACAUGGCGUGACGUUUGGCCCGGGGGUGGCGCGGCUGGCGAAAGAGCUGGGGGCCAGCAGGUGGAAGAUGACGGCGCUGAGCGUCGCGGGAUGCGGUGCUGCGACCGGAGGGAUGGCGUUCGCUGCGCUUGCUCGGUGGGCUAUGCAUCAUGUGGGACUUGGCUGCACACUGUGUGUCCUGGGUGGUGUUGUGGGUGCGAAUGCGGUCGUCGUGCAGGUGUUGUUGAGGUGGAGACCCAGUGAGAGAGAAGCAGUCAUCGACACACCAUCCCGUCAGAGAGGGCAGUGCGGGAAAAAGAUCUGGUUGACGAUGCGAGUGCUGAAGGAGUGGAGCUUUGCGCUUCGCAUCGUAGCCGUCUUCUUCGUCUUCGCUGGCCUUUGGAUACCGUACUUCUACAUCUGCACCUUCGCCGUCGAUGCCCUGCACUUGGAACCUCCACAGUCCUUUGCCGUUUUCAUGAUACUCAAUGCUGCGGGUACUUGUGGACGCAUAGUUCCGGCUUUACUUUCCGACACUGUGCUCGGAACCGUAAACACUUACAUCGUAGUUCUGUUGUUGACGAGCACGACUUUGCUGUGCUGGCCUCUGGUGAGCGCGAGUGCAAGUAUGUUCGUCUGGGCAGGUGCUUAUGGGUUUUGCGCGGGGGGAGCUGUGUCGUUGGUACAGGCUGGAGCCAUCAGCCUGUGUGGCGGAGAAGAAGAAGCGGAGAGCAUUCUUGGUGUUGUCUUUGGUGUUGCAGGUGUUGCGAGCUUGGUGGGUGCACCAGUAGGCGGAGAGCUGAUCAAGGCAGGUGAAAAGUUGUUUGGUGGCAGUGGUAAAUCGUAUCUGCUGUUACAGAUGUGCACUGCGGGACUGAUGCUGCUGGGUUGUGCUGCUUCGAUUGUAGCAAGAGUAACAAAAACAGGCUGGAAGGUUCUUGUGAAGAUUUGA